CACAGUGAUUUCAGUAAUUUGCAAACAAAUCAUCAUUCAACGAGCCGUACGACGAAUUAUGCGGGCUGUUAAGUCGCAGACCACCUCAUCUUCAAGUGAGGAACUCGACAAGGAACGGGAAUACGUUAUUGGCGUCAUCUAUGGCCUGGGGAUUGCCCUCAAUGAGUAUUUCACUGUCCAGAACUUGUGCAAAGAAUAUGACUUAUUACAUUCGAUUCCGCUCGUGACAAAAGCGAAGCAAUUGGGGUAUAACUCAGUUGACCAAUUGCUUAUGAGCUCCGGCUAUUUUCAAGCAGCAAUUCUGAAAUCCCAAAAACACUAUCGAGCGGAUCCCCAACGGGGCAGUAAAGCUACUCAGGAUAUUUCUUCUCUGAUUAAAAGGCAAACAAAGAAGAAGAAAGCGAAAGCGCCCAAAGUUGAUACUCCGACGAGACAAUAUUUCACUAGAGUCAAUCCUAGGUCUCACUCUUUCCAUGGUCGACCAAGUGCUUUCGGAGCCGGACUCAUCCAUAAUCAAAAGACUAUUCUUCCAAGAGCCCCACAAAGAAUGCUGCAACAUGUGUCCGUGGAGCAGUGUAGUAGUACCACCUCAUCCUCGGUGAUCUCAAAUGUUCCUGUACCGCAUAAAGUACCCGUACAAAAGCUUCACUACAAAUUCGGCAAACCGCCAAGUACUCCUCAGAAGCUUUUAAAUCCGGCAAUUGGUGCGGAGCGGUUCGUUGCUGCACUCCGCAAAUGCGGUGGGUCGGCAACAGAAGAGCAGCUCGAAAAGGCUUACAGGAGUCUGUACCAAACAGAUUUGAACGACCGAGAGCUUUCUAGAUGCUUUAACCUACUUUCAAUCAGGGAAAUAGUCAACACUUAUCUGCAAGAUCUCGUCGAAAUCACGUUUGUGAGGGGACACGGCACACGCCGCUACAAGCUGAGAGCCGAAUCAGAAUCUCCGUCAAUCUCACCCUUACCUACGAUGUGCGAGUUCUUUAAUCGCCUGAUUGAAAUAAUGCUAGAUAGCGAGCCGAAUCUGGUCAACUUGAGCGCCAUAGCGAAGCUGUAUGAGCAGAAGUAUGACGUAGAAUUCACCUCUGAAUAUCGUUUGAUACAGGAGCAAGUGUUGACAAGGUCUCGUAAAACGAUAUACAUCGACAGCAGUGGGUACUUACAUUUGAACCACGAAGAUGUCGAUGUAAAACGUAUGUUGACGGAGAGACUCGUUCAAGCGUCAUUGGAUGCUGGCAUUGAUAGUGAUCCAUUUGAGUCUCCGACAUCAUCGUCAAGUGAUCGUUACAUGGGAAACCCUGAGGCAUUGGCUGCUGAUUCCACUUAUGGCGAUGCGACAGUAUACGUAGGAAACGGGGAUCAAAUCCGGCGGGAUAUCCGAAGAAUAAAAGACGAACCUCACGAACAGACUUUUGACCGUAAUUUGAGAUUCAAUCGAUCUUACCAUGGGCGCACUAGAAUUGACAAAGAGGACCUGAGAGGUGCUAAACUGCACGAGGAACUCUCUGCCUUACGCAUCACGAUACCUGGAAGCUCUCAGUCAACUAGCAGAGAAGUGAGAGAGGAACGCUCAUCCUAUCCUAUGGAAAACUCCACAUCUGCGCCAGGGAGAGAAAAAAGUAGUUCACUUCCUGAACGUCCUCCAUCUUCAAUCUCCACGGUGUCAACCAGCUCAGGGAGCCAUAGGCGAUUGGGAGAAAAGUUCGCAUCCAUAGGGAAGUUUUUCCAGAAAGAAGUCAUCAAGGAGGAUUCUGAGGGCGCAUCGUCUUCUGCUAGUACUGUGACGCCCAGAUCUCGAGCUCCAGCAAAUCCACCGAAAAAUGAGAAAGUUUCUGACAAGGAGAACACUCCCGUGACGAGGGAAGUAGACGUAGAGUGUUCCCAUCCCUACUACAAUGUCCACGUGAUGUCAUCGAGAGGAGACGCUCGGUCACUUGCCGCUCAAAAAGGGCUCACCAUCAAACGCUAACUCAUGUGCAACAUUUCGAUGGUGGCGGAGUAUAGUCACAGUGGGCAUCAUCAUCUUUGUUGGAAGUCUUAGUUACAUUGUCAAUCUUUUCCUGUGUUUGUUGGAAGCUGCUCUUUUUGAUUCUGACUAGUUCGGAUUCUUUCGAUAAUAUUGACUGGAGGCAGACUCCACCCAGUGUUUGUGUUUUCUAUAUGUUUUUUAGUCUAUAAACAUUCCCUAGUGUGGCAUCUGCGUGGUCUGGUCCAACUUGUUAAUGUGUUUCAAAAAGGGGAAAUGGACAUGCACACGCGAGGCUAGAGUCGUCUAGGCCACCAGAACCGGGCAAUUAGUUUCUGUAAAUAUCGAGGAACCUGGGUGGACCUGCAUUCAGAUCACCAUUACUUGGAGAAAGCCCGCUGCUGGCGACUGUCAGUUGCAAAACCCCCGGAUUGUUGAAGAAGAUUCUGCAAUAAAUGAAAAGAGUGACCUCCCAUGUCGAGUAUCUUAGAAGAUGCCUUACAAAAGCUCACAGGUUCUCCAUUUACCAAUCAGUAACAAUCCUAAGUGGUAUAGUCUGCCUUACAUGUUCUUCCUUUGGGCGUCCCACGCAGUGCAGCCCAUUCCCUGCCUUUGACGCGUUGGCAUGCGAUGUCCGUGUCAACGAUGGAUCCCUUUUCAUCAGCUCAAGCGCAACGCCAGAGCUGCCGUGGGAGCGCUGUAGCGUUCAUAACAACCGAAUCAGUCAGGGAACACUGCGCAAUACCCACGCCUGCGGAUGCCUAGUUGCUACGGAGGGCACGUGGCUGACACUGACUGUAGGCAACAAAGAUGCGCAAAGGCAGCGCAAAGGCGCUAAAAGCGCAGAAGCGGUGACGCCUAAGGAAAGAACCAUAACAGACCUUGCAUGCGGUACGACGUAAUUGGCAGUCGCAGUAGUGGUCAUUGUGUAUGACUAUCCUAGAUACGAUUUGAAAUUUUCACGUGGCAUUCAAGCGUAUUUCUUUAUGUUCUAGUGUAUGCCCUAGAAGGAUCCAAAUGGUGUAUAUUUUUUCCUUCUCAAUUCCGUUCCAUGAAUUUGCAUAUCUAUGAUUCUUAUGGGAAUAAAUUUGAAAGUGAUC